UUGUUCAUUCUAUACGAAACUUGUAAUUUUUUAGCGCCAGCUGACAUUAUCCAAGUUGCCACCAGUUUGAUUGCGUUCCGAUAUCCGCUAGCAGGAUGGUCAGCCGUUCUUGAUAAGCCGUACAUCGCUAAGGCCGGUUUUGCACUCACUAACUUCUCUUGCAACAUAGAGCUGUUUACUCAGUUGAUGCUAUCGAUAAAUCGAUUGACUGCCAUCUGCUACCCAAUGAAGCACAAUCGAUGGUGGACACUACGAAGAACAAUCAUCUUUUUCGCAUGCGGUGCCAUCAUGUCGAUGGUGACGCCGACCAUCAGACUACUUCAGGAUGCCGGAUACGUUGAGGUUGAUGGUAAAAUCGUGCCUUAUCUCAUCCAGGAGAAGGAACAGAAGGUAAGAUCUGGUAUUGGCAAGAACAGCCAUGUGAUUCCCUUUUGGUUUCCAAUGAGCGUGCAACGUCUUCUACGUAGUAGUGCCUUUUCAUAG